AUGCUAUUCAGCGUUACCCUUACAAAUAUCUUUGCUGCCGAUGCAAGCAGCGGGGAUACGUACUAUGACCGCGCUUGCACGACUCCCGGAUCGCAGCCAAAGCCGGCUCAGCCGUCGUCGUCCAGCACGGCUACCAAGGCAUUUUCGACCACUCCCAAGGAACAGGUUGCGUCACCGACAUCUUCACCUUCGAGUGUCAAAGCUGCAACGCCCUCCGCUGCGGCCACCGUCUCACUCGCCCCGAGCAGUCCGACUACUUCUACCGCCCAAGUGAACGCCGGAAGCACCACCACACCAAGUAGUAGUGGCUCAAGCGGCAGCACAUCCACAAGCGCAGCGCCAGGGUCCACAGUCUCCUACUACCCCGGUUGCAAGGCCGGCGAUUUCAAGCUGACCUACGACUUCACCUCCCUGUCUUGGUUCAACUCCACCAACAACCUCAACUGCGCCGUCAACGGCAAGCCCAACUACGACCCAAACGGCAAAGUCUGCGUCGACACCGCCACCAACACCCUCUGCGACCCGACCAAGGCUGGCGCCUCAUCCACAUGCAAAUGCCAGGCAUAUUGCGACCCCAAUGCGCCCUCCGCAGCCUUCCAGCCCCCGGGAUACGGCCCACCCGACACCAUCUCCAUCUCCAUCGCCGACUUCGCCUACCCGACGUGCACCGAGUCCAACCCACAGACGCCCAAGACCGGGAUCGGCGCCCUGGGCAACGCGGAGGUGGGCAACGGCGACGUCAACUGUGGGCCGAAGCACAACUACCUUAACUUCUUUGGCGACAGCAACCCGGGCACCGAGCAAGGCCGCAUCCUGUUCAUCCCCGGCGCUGCUUGCCAGGGACACCUGGCGCUGUAUGAGGCCACGUUCCCGCUGGGGUGUACGAGGGAUGCGGCUGGGAAUGCUUCGUGCGUGCCUAAGACUCUGCCUGUCACGGUGUCGCUCACGAGGUUCAGUACUGGCCAGUGCAACAGUUGCGCGGGGUCUUUGAUACAGUGA